GGACAUAGUGACGUAAGAAUCUUAAUAAUAAGUAUAAUGUUCGUCCUAUUCGGAAGAGUGGUCGAGCAGCCGCAGCAGCUUCGGGUGGUGCGCACGCCACAGAAAACGUGCAUUGCAAGAUACACCUGGUCACCUCCCUCAUUUCUGCACAAAGUGUGGAGCAGUCCAAGGAGCAGAGCAGAAACUAUGAGGGUCCGACUGAGACCUGCGGUGCAGAGCUGCGCGUAAUGAAGGGCAGCCUGAAGUAGUUCUGCUGCGGUCGUAAGUGCAGAAAGGCAAAAUGGGAAUGGCGAGUGAGGAUCUGCUCGUGACGCUUCAGAUACUACCUGGUUUCUUUUCAAACUGUCUCUUCCUUGCCCUGUACGACUCCGUGGUCCUCGUGAAGCGCGCCGUGUCGCUCAGCUGCUCCAGGUCCGCCGGUUCCGGAGAGUGGCGCCGUAUGUUGACCUCAGCUGGGCUGCGCUCGAUCUGGAAUAGCUUCCUUCUCGACGCCUAUAAACAGGUGAAACUUGGCCUCGAGGCACCCAACUCUAAAGUGGUGAAGGUGCCUGACAGCCCUCGAUGGAGCAGCAAUCUCAGUAAUAUGACGAAUGUGCCACCUGGUGCCAUGAGCGCAAAUAAAGAGUGUCACCUGCUGGAUUUUGAGUCAUCAGACCGCCCUCUGGUGGUCAACUUUGGCUCAGCCACUUGACCCCCCUUCAUCAGCCAUCUGCCAGCUUUCCGUGAGUUGGUGGAGGGCUUCAGUGAUGUAGCUGAUUUCCUGUUAGUGUACAUAGAUGAGGCUCACCCGUCUGAUGGCUGGGUGGCACCUCCUAUGGGCUCUUGCUCCUUCGAUAUCCCGAAACACCAGAACCUGGAAGAGAGGUUGGGAGCGGCACGCAAACUCAUUGAGCACUUUUCCUUACCACCGCAGUGUCAGCUGGUGGCAGACUGCAUGGACAACAAUGCUAAUGUGGCUUAUGGUGUGUCCAAUGAACGGGUGUGUAUAGUAAAACAGAGAAAGAUUACCUACCUGGGUGGUAAGGGGCCUUUUUUUUACAAUCUGAAGGAUGUGCAGCAGUGGCUGGAACAGAGCUACGGUAAACGGUUAUCAAGGACAACCACAGAGAAGGACAUGUCCCAUAUUUCAUUAAGGAAACAAUAGAUCAGUUUUGUGUAAGCGUAAAAGUCAUGAUCAAAAGGUGUGUCAUGGUGAUAUCAUCUUCCAAAAAGCUGUAAUGAAUUAAGUUCCUGAAUUGAGGAGCACACUUCUUUACCUUUUUGAAAUCAGGCCAAUUUUUCACACACCAGUCCAUUCAGACUGGGAUGAUCAUAUGUAAAGACCCAGACUAACUCAGUCCAUUUGUCACAUAGUCACGAAAUGCAAUCUAUUGGUGUCUUUUUUUUCGUGUCACUCAGGACGAAAACAAUGUCAAUGGAAAGUCGAUUAGGAUCGUAUUUUGUGGUGGAAACGCAUCCACGUGACAAAGCAACGGUCAGAGCUAGUGACAUAGUAUCCAAUAUCGCCAAAGACCACUUAUGGUGGGCUGGUGUGGAGGUGGAUGGGUCCAACAAACACAGGACUUUCAACCACAAGACCGUUGUUUAAUACCACAUGUUCCAAAGUGUUGUUGUGGGUUUGUUGCCUAAACCUAACUGUACAUUGCUAUAUUAAGCCCAACCAUGAUGUUUUUCCUAAACUUAAGGACGUGGGUUUGUUGCCUGAAGCUAGUUUUUGUUUUGGAACGUAAUGUUGUCCUUAAAAAAAGUAGUUCCGAGCAACACGAAAAGAAACCCUCUACUUUGAACCAGUCGAUUGCAUUUUUUGGCUAUUUCACGCAGUGCUGUGAGACUUUGUUGUAACAAGGCAGCACAUUGAUUGGAAGCAACAGUGCGUGAGCUUCAUCUGUAUUUAUGCCCACUUGUGCUGCUAAAAUCACGUCUUACGUGAUUUUCAUUGAAAAACUUAAAAAGUUCCCAUUUUUUAAAAUGUUUUAUAAAAUAAUACAUCUAAAGCGAUGCUGUAAUUGUUUUGUGGAGAAUUUAAUAUUCCAUUUUCUUUUCACUGUGGUCAUGUUUUUAUGCAAUAUGUCAAGAACGUAAUUGUAUGUGUAAUGUUUAUCUACCCUCCUUUCUCUUUGGAUAAAUGUUCUUUCAUUAUGUACAUUGUUCUCCAUUUGACACCUUUUUUUUUUUUUGCUUCAUAGUGUCUUUAACCCCUUGGAAGUGUUUGUGUUUACACUAUUGAAUCAAAGUAGAUAUAAUGUGGCUUUUACACAACAGACUCAUCUCAUGUCAAAAUCAAAACAGAGCUUUUUGUCGGUUAGAAUACCUGUAGACAUUACUCAGGGCUGAAAAAGCCCAAUUCCAUAUUCCCCUGGGCAGGGAAGAUGGUUUGUAUUCACAACAAAUCAAUAUUCCCUAAACAACAUCAUCAGCAUCACAGUUGUAUUACUGUUACACACAGUAGGACCAUUUGUAUCUGGCUUUAUAUCCCUAACAUGAUAAUGGAAAUGUCAGCAAUGCCACUGCCAGAUAGCAGUUACUGUUGGCAUUUAGAAUGAAUGCAUGCAUUCAUUAUGUGGAGAGUUUCCACAGGGAUGUCAGGGUUUUCAAGGACUUUUACAAUUUUUCCAAAAACAGAGGUCCGAGAGUCACUUGGGGAUAAUUAGACCUGAUCCAGAAGUGGGUUGACAUAGAGAGAGAAUACCAGGCCUCUGCUUGUCAUGUUUUAUACAAUAGAUUCAAUAUAGAUUAUAUUGACAUUCAAGUGUGUUAUAUGUCAUAAAACUAAACAUUACAGCUCAAGUUCAAAUGUUAGGAUUUUAAUGACAUGAAACCAUUAAAUAUCCUUAAUAUAUUUCUUAACAUGUCAGAAAAUGUUGAAAGUCAGUAGGUUAGUGUGGUUGAGAUGGGUGUCAUCAUCAUCAUGAUGGCAUUAAAGCCCCGUAGGAAACACAGAUGGUUUGUUGUUGUCGCAGUGACAAAGGUGUUCUAAUGAAAACCUUUGACGAAAGAGUCCCUGACUCAGUCUCUGGUUGGAUAGUGAACUGCACCUGGUCAACAUUACACAGAACUAUUGCAUCUGUUUUAACUGCCAAUCUGCUAACUGACUUAUGUCUCGGUAACUGAUAGAGACAACUCUGUGUUUUUAUGUCAUUUACUGCGCUUUUUCAUUGCUGCUUUGGACAAUGUUCAUUUUUCUAACAUGUCAAAGAAGAGAAAUAAAGGAGAAUGUUUGCUGCUGAAA